AUGAAGUCGAAGACGAAAGAAAGAGAGAAAGUCAAAAACACCAAACAAGCACUGAAAGCAGCAUGUGUAGAAAUAGGGGGUGCAGAAAAAUUACCUGAGAAUGACGGUAAAACUCACAAAUCAAGAAAGAAAAAGGCAGGAGAUCCUGAAUCAAUUACAAAUGAAGCCACACAAUGUAAACAUGAGAAUGAAAGUAAAAACCAAUUGUCAGAUGUAGUGCCAUCUGGCAAACGGAAAACGGACCAGUUAUCAGAAAAGAAGCAAAAGAGGGCAAGGAAAGAUGAACCAAAGUCAGUGGCUAAAGAAAUUAUAGAGAGUGUGUCAUUUGAUAUAGCAAAAGAAGAUACAAAGAGCCAAAGUUCAAAAAAAUCAAAGGCAAAAAAGAAGAAAUCGGAAUGCAUACAUAAAGAAAACAGUCAGGAAAGUACAAUUGAUUUGAAGGAAAAUGUGGGAUCAGAGGAAGAUGAAAAUGAUACAGAAAUCAAGCACAAGAAAAAAGAGAAAAAGAUGGAAGGAAAUGAAUUAGACAAAAUCCCGACAAGGACAAAAAGCAAAAUGGAAAGGAAAAGAAAGCUAGUGAAUGAAGCAGAAAAUGAAUUUGUUGUUGAGAGUGAUAGUGGAAAAAAUAUUGAACUUAAUCAAAGUGAGGAACCUACAUCAAAGAAGAAAAAGAAGAGAAAACUUCAAAAUAUAGAGAAAGAGGCAGCCGAAGAUGAAGAAAACAAGACUGUGCUAGGUGAAGGAGGAGAUAGCAAUGAAGUGGAAAAAACGAAUAUCACAGAGAGUAAAAAGAGUAAGAAGAAAAAGAGGAAUGAAGGAACGGAUCAGACAGAUGAGACAUCAUCCGACCCAGAGCAAAAGGCCGACAAACUGGCAUCAGAAUACCUGCAUCAGUGGUCAAACAACAGAGAAAGCUGGAAAUUCCAGAAAGUCAGACAAGUGUGGCUACUGAAAAAUAUGUACAGUGAAAAUAAGGUAACCAAAGAGGACUUUACAGUACUGUUGUCAUAUCUGGAUGGAAUGAAAGGAAGGUCAAGGGAGGUCACUGUGGAACAAGCAGAAAAAAUCAUAGAGGAGGAUGGAGACAAAGAUGAGGUAGACCAAGUAAAGAUUGAAAGAGCAAGACAGAUUGUACAGUUAUUAACUUGAAUUUUAUAAUGAAAGAAAGAACAAAAGAAGAUAUUUGCCGCUUUUGAAAAAGUUGAAGAAUAGAAUUCAGUUAUGUCUUUAGUGUACAGGAUUAACAUAGCACCUCUUACAUUAUUUCUGAAAUACAGAAACCAAACAUUUUCUGUCAACUUUGAAAGAUUGAUAAUUUUAUUAUGCUCUUUUUAGCUCACCUAAGCUGAAAGCUCAAGUAAGCUUUUCUGAUCACCUGUUGU